ACACACACACACACACAGAGACAGACACACACACACAGACAGAGCCGCACACAGACAGAGACACACACACAGACAGAGACACACACAAGACAGACAGAGACACACACACACACAGACACACACACAGACAGACAGAGAGACACACACACACACACACACACACACACACACACACACUGUUGCUGACGGGUUGUCCGAAUACUUCACCUAGACAUGGGAUUGAGAGACUUGGUUUUGUCUAAACACUGAUCCAUGGGAGGAUGGACUUUGGCCAACACAGAAUAGUGCCUGUGUUUGGUAACUAGCCUCUCUGGUCAACACAGUGUGAGAGUUUGUGGAUGUUUAUUCCUCCUGGCUCCAUUCAUUGACCGGGUGGUCAUUUAAAACUGCAGCCUCUGUCCUCCAACUAAGAUGCCCCAAUGCUGCCCAAUACCAUUUUUGCUGUAGUGGUCAUUUGCAGUCGAACAGCACAGAAAUAGGCACCAGCUCAACCCACCCAAGCAGUAGAUGAGGUUCAAGUGGAAUCCCAUCUGCUGCAUUUAGUGCACAAGUGUGGCCUCUAUUACAUUUGCAAGACCAAACAUCUAGUUGAACACUUUAACCUAGGUCUCCUGCCUGGUUGCUCACUAUUUUAACUGCCUUUCCCAUUCCUUUCUGUCCUGGACUCCUAUAUCGGCGAGACCAAGCACAGGCUCGGCAAUCGUAUCACUGAACACCUCCGCUCAGUCUGCCUAGGCCUACGCGAUCUCCUGGUUGCUAAUCACAUAUGGGAAGCAUGUUUUUUUUAAUACAGAAACUUGGAAUAACCUACCAGGCAUGGUGAUGGAAGUAGAUACGAUGUGGUGUUUAAGAGGCUGUUAGAUAUGCUCAUGGAAAUGCAAUAGGGUGGUUUGCAUCACGUGCAUGAGGAGAUUAGUUUAACGUGAUGUCCCUGGUGGAUUUAGGGAAGAGGUUGUUGGAGGCAGCGCGAAAGGGACAAGAUGAUGAGGUCCGGACACUAAUGGCAAAUGGCGCUCCCUUCACCACGGAUUGGCUUGGAACAUCUCCUCUUCACCUUGCAGCACAAUAUGGCCACUACUCCACAGCAGAAGUCCUCCUCAGAGCGGGAGUUAGCCGGGACGCUCGUACCAAAGUUGACAGGACACCACUACAUAUGGCAGCAGCUGAGGGCCACGCAAGUAUCGUCGAACUACUAAUCAGGAACAAUGCAGACAUAAAUGCAAAAGACAUGCUGAAGAUGACGGCUCUACACUGGGCAGUAGAACACGAUCAUCGCGAGGUGGUGGAGAUUUUACUCAAAUACGGAGCAGAUGUUCACGCUCUGAGCAAAUUUGAUAAAAAUGCCUUUGAUAUCGCCCUUGACAAGCACAACCCUGAGCUGGUGGCAAUCCUGCAGGAGGCCAUGCACAACCAAGUGAACACAAAUCCAGAGAGGACAAACUCUGUCGCCAUCACGACACCACAGUUCAUCAUCGCGCCAACAGGGGUAAUGAGCCUGGUUACCUCAGCAUCGACCAAAACCACCUCUGUGAUGACGGAGGAGGUUGUGACCGCAGACUCUGUUGACUCAGCAAUUCAACAGGUUGUAGGGAGCGGAGGUCAGAGGGUUAUCACCAUAGUGACUGAUGGUGGUGUGCAGCUCGGUAACCUUCACGCUGGGCUCGGCAGCGGUCAGCAGUUCAUUGUGACCAUGCAGGACGGGCAGCAAGUUCUGACUGUCCCGGCAUCCCAUGUCGAAGAGGAGACCAUCAUCACGGAAGAAAUGCCAACAAGGAAGCAGUGUCUGGAGGCUGUCCUGAAUCACUCGGAGAAGGAUAUGAAUGACUGUAUGGAGAGGGAGCAAUUACAGCAGCAGCUCCAUGAGGCCAACAGGAAGGCCCAGGAGUACCGGCAGCAGCUGGUGAAGAAGGAGCAGGAAGCAGAGGAGUACCGUAUGAGACUGGAGGCCAUAGCCCGGCUUCACACUGUAGAGGAGAUCACUGUGGUGGAGGAGGUGACAGAGGAUGGGACAGUCCCCAUCAUCACCAUGACGACAGAGGUGGAGGGUCCUGAGACCACCAUAGAAACUAUGGAGCAGCCCAUCGACAUGGCAACAGAAACAGUGACUUCAUAAACUCUCCCCCCUCCCCCCCUUUCCUGGCCUCCCUGAAGCUGACGGCCUGUUUCUUGUGUGCACGUGGACACAUGCGCGCUCACACACA